GCUCUACGAAGGCACCACUGCAGGCAGAUGUGAGCCAGACUAACACUGGAUAUCCCUCUCUCUGUCCAUCUGCACUGAGAAAAACAAGUUUCACUAAAAGUAUGUAGAAACUAGAACCUUUAAAAAGGCCACUUUAUUGUUUGUUUUAACUUUAACUUUGAUCACCCUGAAAUAGAGGGAGGUGUAAUCAGGAAAUAGCAGCUGUGUGGGACCUGCAGGUCUGACUGCACUGGGGCAGAGGGAGCCAUGUUUUCUCUCCGGGAUGUCCAUUAUUCUGGCUGAGAACAAUGCUGAAGAUGCCACAGUAACUCAGCAGAAAACCCGAACUCAAAAAAAAAAAAAAAAAUAAAAAGAUUUAGUGAUGUUUUCCAAAAGAGAAAUAAGUUGUUUUGAGAGGAUUCCUAAUUUAAUUGCAGCAGAUUGACACAAAGAAAUCUGUCUCAGCAUGUCAAUGUCUUGUUUCGACAGUCCAUGAUGUCCAGAGAGAAGAAAUGUCCAACAGCAGCUCCAUCAGUCACUUCCUCCUGCUGGCAUUGGCAGACACGCGGCAGCUGCAGCUCCUGCACUUCUGCCUCUUCCUGGGCAUCUCCCUGGCUGCCCUCCUGGGCAAUGGCCUCAUCAUCAGUGCCGUAGCCUGCGGCCACCACCUGCACACCCCCAUGUUCUUCUUCCUGCUCAACCUGGCCCUCACUGACCUGGGCUCCAUCUGCACCACUGUCCCCAAAGCCAUGCACAAUUCCCUCUGGGACACCAGAAACAUUUCCUACUCAGCAUGUGCUGCGCAGGUGUUUUUCUUUGCGUUCUUCAUUUCAGCAGAAUUUUCCGUCCUGACGAUCAUGUGCUACGACCGCUAUGUGUCCAUCUGCAAACCCCUGCACUACGGGACCCUCCUGAGCAGCAGAGCUUGUGCCCACAUGGCAGCAGCUGCCUGGGCCAGUGCCUUUCUCUAUGCUCUGCUGCACACAGCCAAUACAUUUUCCCUGCUCCUGUGCCAUGGCAAAGCCCUGGGCCAGUUCUUCUGUGAAAUCCCACACAUCCUCAAACUCUCCUGCUCACAUUCUUACCUAAGGGAACUUGGGCUCAUUGCUUUUAGUGCCUGUUUGCUAUUUGGUUGUUUUGUGUUCAUUGUUUUCUCUUAUGUGCAGAUCUUCAGGGCCGUGCUGAGGAUCCCCUCUGAGCAGGGAAGGCACAAAGCCUUUUCCACCUGCCUCCCUCACCUGGCUGUGAUCUCCCUUUUUGUUAUUACUGCCACAUUUGCCAACCUGAAGCCCCCUUCCAUCUCUUCCCCAUCCCUGGAUCUGUCCCUGUCAGUUCUGUACUCAGUGGUGCCUCCAGCCCUGAACCCCCUCAUCUACAGCCUGAGGAACCAGGAGCUCAAGGCUGCAGUGUGGACACUAAUGAGCAGAUGGUUUCAGAGACAUUAA